UUUAGCUGUCGUCUAUCUGUAUUUAUUGAAUAAUCUACGGUAAGACUAGUAGCCAAGGAUUUGUGAUAACGUUUUAUAAACAUUUUACACUUUGUUAAGAUAUAACUUACUUCUAUUUCGCUCGUGAUCUUGCAAAGUUUUUACGCUAGAUCAAGUGUCGUUGAAUACGAGACGAAAAGUACAUACGAGACCAUAAGACGAAACGACGCGUUUGACCCAAAAAUGGCAUUAAUUAGAAGAGCUUCUCACGCUGGUAGUUGGUAUUCAGACAAUGGUUCGGAAUUAAGUAAACAGUUGGAAGGUUGGUUGAGUGCAGCUGAUUUAUCCCAUGGACCUGCGAGAGCAAUCAUUGCCCCGCAUGCAGGAUACAGCUAUUGCGGGGCAUGUGCAGGUUUUGCUUAUCGACAAAUUAGUCCUGUAGUUGUCCGUAGGAUAUUUAUUCUAGGGCCUUCUCAUCAUGUGAGAUUACCAGGUUGUGCCCUAUCUUCGGCUUCCAUUUACCGAACACCGUUAUAUGAUCUACAUAUUGAUCAACAAGUAAGAAGAGAGCUCGAAGAAACUGGUCAUUUUGAAUGCAUGGACUUAAGCACAGAUGAAGAAGAACAUAGCAUCGAGAUGCAAUUGCCGUUUAUUGCAAAAGUUAUGGAAGGAUUCAAGGAUUCAUUUACUAUAAUCCCAAUUUUGGUGGGGUCAUUGAGUCCAGAAAGAGAGGCACUUUACGGGAGAUUGUUAGCACCCUAUAUGGCUGAUCCACAAACAUUGUUCGUCAUUUCUUCAGAUUUCUGUCACUGGGGGCAACGUUUUCGCUAUACUUAUUACGAUAGAUCGUGCGGACCUAUACACAGAUCUAUCCAAAACCUUGAUAAAAUGGGUAUGGACAUUAUAGAGACUUUGAAUCCUCCAAUGUUCACCGAAUAUCUUAAAAAGUAUGGUAAUACUAUAUGUGGUCGGCAUCCAAUUGGAGUUUUAUUGCAGGCUCUUCAUAGUCUUAAAGGAAAUACAAAUGGUCAGAGAAUGAAUUUGAAAUUCUUGAAAUAUGCUCAAAGUAGUCAAUGUAACAAUAUGAACGACAGUUCCGUCAGUUAUGCUAGUGCUUCCUUAGUUCUUGAGUGAUAAAACUGUACUAUUCGAGCAUGAUCAUCGGCCAGUCUGAAUUUAAACAUUUUCUUAAAGUGAAAUGAUGUUUAACAUUAUUGUGACAGUAAAGUUCUAUACAUUAUUAAACGAGAUUAGUCUAAACAUUGAAAUUUUAUAAUGCAAAAAGAAAAAUAUGGAGACACUGAUUGAAACCUCUGUAUAAUGUUAUUUGUAUUAUGUGGAUAUUACACGACGGAUGUUGGGGCGAAUGUUGAUUCUUGCGCAAUAUAUAACAAAAAGUGUAUCGUUACCGAAACUUUUUGCAUAAAUGCAUUUGGUUUAUUACUUACAAGAGAUAUUCAGUACUUCCAGAUUUCACAUGGGAAGGAGCUUAAAUAUUUCUUUGCUUUGAUUCUUGAUAAAACUUUUAGAAUUAAUAGCAAAUUGUUUCAUGUACAUUUUUAAGAGCAGAUUUCAAACUAUUGGCAGAGAAGAGUAUGGUUAGCAUAUAUAUAGGGUGUCUCGACACAUGUGAAUCAACGUUCGAAAAGAGGUAGAAGGGAUCCAGGUGAACAAAAGUCUACUAUUUUUCGAUAUUUGCAAAAAUUAUUGAGUCAUUAAAUGUUAAACUCAUACUAAUGAGAACGCGCAGAGAGACAGACGGAGGUAGUUAGGUAUAGUGCUGCAACUUAGGCUUUGCUACAACUAAGCUGUGCUACAAUUUAGGUGGCCCGAGCCUGCCUCUCUGCGCGCUCUCAUUAGUAUGAGUUUAACAUUUAAUGACUCAAUAAUUUUUACAAAUAUCGCAAAAUGGUAGAAGACUUUUGUACAUCUUGAUCCCUUCUACCUCUUUACAAGCGUUAACCCACAUGUUUCGGGACACCCUGUAUAUACAAGAUAUAAGAUAAAAAUUAAAGAUAUAUUAAAAUUGUUAAGUUGUACAUUUAAAUUUAUAUUUUAAAUGUGCUAUUUGUGUUAGAAAUAAUAGAAUUUUUGCUUUCAGUGCUUAAACUUUGUUAUGUUUUACAUUAGGCUAUGAAUUGGGAUAAUUUAAGAAAUAAAUUUCUUAGAUUGACAUCGAUUAAUUUAGACUGAAAUUUAAAAAAAUAUACUGUUAUAUGUAUUAUUAUGUGUAUAUAAUGUUCUAUCUUGCAUAUUUGGAUUUGUAUUGUGCGCGUGCGUAUAGGUGUUUUAAUUAACUAUGCGUACUUUUAGAAAGUUAGCAUUUCUAGUUACUCGAACGAUUCUGAUGAAAGAAAAGUCUAAAAAUGGCUAAAAUUGCUUCAAACUGCAACAUCUGAAAAAUUAAUUCUAUAGCAUUUUUUGACGCAUGAAAGAGAAAAAUAUUUAUAAUGCUGGAAAAUGUGGAAAAAAUGACUAGAAACACUGUAAUAUACAAAAUAUGUAUUGUGUACUUACAUGACAUCAUGUUUCAGUUUUGUUCUCUGUGCAGAGAGACUAUAAAUUUUAAUAUAUAUAUUUACAUUCAUCUCACAGGUUUUACAUACAGCUCAUACACACAACUAUUUUUAGUAAAUAAAUAUUAUAAUUUCUUUGACCACUCUUCGUCUGAUCUAAAAAAAGGCAACAAUGAGGAUGUGGUGAUCACUUGCCACUUUUGGAUUUUGUUAUAUUAUUUAUUUAUUUAUUUUUACUUAUGCUAGUCACUUAUCCACAAGCAAUACAUUGAUUCUGAAUUAAGAACAAAGAACGAUUUUACAAAAUUAUAUUUAUUUAUUAAAAAUAGUGUGUAAUUGUUGUGUAAGCUGCAUAUAAAAUUCACCCUUGUGAAUUGAGUAUAAAUGUAUAACAUAUAAGAAGAGUAAAUCUAAUGUAUAUACCUAUUAUUGUGUGUGUGCGUGCGUGGUUGGAGCAUGGUAUCAUUUAUGUAUUUUGUAUGAUGUUUUUAGCAAUUUUUCCAGCACACAGUAUUAUAAAUAUUAUUUUUCUCUUUUAUAUAUGUAUAUCAAGAAACGCUGUGAAAUUGAUUUUUUAGGUGUUAAUUCGAGGUUAAAUUUGGCUAUUUUUAGACUUCUUUAAAGUAAGAGUAUUAAGAAAAAAAAUUUUAUUUACUAAUUAAUUUUUUAAUUCGUAAUACAUUUUUUAUAAUGGUUGACGCCUUUGAAGAUAUCUUAUAAAGCUUCAAGAUUGAAAAAUUGUUGAUAUGAAGAUGCUUUAAAAAUUAUCUUCUUCAGUAUUCUAUUCAGUAUGCUAUUCUUUUACUUUUCACCUGCCCUACAUUUAAUAAUUCUUUGACAAAUUCUUAAAGUAAAAAAAUAAUCUUUCGGUUAAGAUUUAUGUAACAUUUGCAAAAAAGGAUUGAAUAAUGAGGCAAACUAAUACGAUAGAUCAUCACAUUUUUUUAAUCGCUUAUCGAAAAAUUAUGAAAUUUAGCACAAAUGAACAAACAAUUAUAGAACAGAAUGGCAUAUUAAAGAUAAUUCUAAAUAUGUUUAUAUCAACAAUUUUCCAUUUUUCAAUUUUGAAAUAAAACAUCUUUAAUGACACUCACUAUUACCAAAAAUUUAUUGCCAUUUAAAAAAUGAAUUACAAAAUAAAAUUGUUUCGCUUUCUUAAUACUUCCUUCAAAUUUUAUAAGAAUUGCUCAAAUGAUUAAGAAAUAGCAGCUUUGGAAAAAUAUUUAACUUAUUAAUUCGAAUAUCUUGCGUGCGUACAUGCAUCUGUAUAAAAAAAGUUAUUUUAAAAAAUGGGAAUAACUUCCUCGUAACCUUAAAAUUUGAGUUUUUCAAAAUUAAUUAUGUAGUGAAAAAAUAUGUAGAACAGCGAAGAACGUAUUACUUUUUAAAUGUUAUAUAAAAGUGAGACUAUUUUAUCUUUAGUUAUAACUUUUAAUAUAUCACAAAAUAAUGCAUAUUUAAAUUAUUUCAAUGUCUUAUGAUUUAAUUAAAAAUUAAAUUUAUAUGUGCUAUUGCGUCAUGAAUAUUUCGUGAAGUCUCUUCUAUGUCCUUAGUAUGAACAAUCUGUACUUUGUAAUCAAUAUAUCAAUGCGAAGGUUUUAAGACUUUAGAUUUUAAAAUACACAUACAUACAUACAUAUACGUAUGUAUGUACGUACUUUAUAUCACACAUCACACUUUCCUACUUUUUUUUUUUUUCGUACAAAGCAAUGGAACGAUCUCAUAUCCUUCCUAUUCUAUAAUCUAUUAUUACCUAAGGAUAGAGAAGAAAGGAACAGGAGAUAAAACAGUUAAACUAGAUAUUAUAUUACUGUAACACGAGUUUGAAAAAGGGUCAGUAUAUGUAACCUAAAUGUAUACAAUGUUUAAUUUGUAAUUAUUUGUUUUCUUUAUAUUUGUAUCAUAAACUUAUCCAUCGAACAAUAUAUUUCUUGUGAGCAUAAAUGUGAUCUACGAUAUAGAAUCAUAUUUCGUUCAAAUGUUAAUUAAAACAAAUGAUAUACCGAGUAACAUAUUCAUUUCGCAUGACAAGAGAACAAGUUUGUGACGAAAUUGUACGAAAUCGAACUGAUCCUGCACGUGUUGCUUUUUCUAUCUUUAUAUACUGAGGUAAUAAGGUUUAUAUUUAUAAAAAAAACAUAAUCCAUACAUAUAUAUUUCAUAGAUGUGUAAUAAAAUUACAUGAAAAAAUAUACAAGUUUCUGUACAUAACUUGCAAUAAAUAUGCCAUAAUUAUAUU